UUAGUGUUCAUUUUUACAGAGAUAGCCAUUAUUGCAUUUAAUCCUUCAACUUUAAUACGCAAAUUUGUUAUGUUCUUCUAAUAUCUCUCUCUCUCUUUUUGUAACUAAGAUCACUCCACCCUCCCCUCUGUUGUUUGGUACAGUCCACAGAGAUAAAAGAGAGAGGAGCUCAGGCUGGUCCUCAUACCCUUCAGACAUCAGAGAAUCGUUUCAAAUUCAGGAGAUAACGCAUGGAAAAUCAAAGGGAAAAGUGCUGAAACCUCCAGACCUCAGAGGAGUAUUCCCUGUGCAGGAAGAUCAUGAAGAAACUACUGGAAAAUUUGGGUUUGGCAGAGUAUUAUGACAAGAAACUCACUCUACACACAGUGCUGCAGAUCGACAAGAACAGUGUGACAGAUGUGCCUGUCCAGUCCCUUUCAGAUCUGCCAUGGCUGUUCUUAAAGAGACUGAUGUUGCUACAAAGGACAGCGAGGAGUGUUAAGUGUUCCUCAUCAGAUGGGUCAGAAGAUUCAGAUUGGGAUGAUGAUCAGAUUAGUGCUGAAUCAGGCAGUCCUCAGUCAGUAAACCCUUUAGACAUUUUGACUGCUGUGUUCCUUUGUUCUGACAGUUUUCUUCAGCAGGAAAUGAUCAUGAAAAUGUCCAUGUGCCAGUUUGCAGUUCCUCUGCUGCUCCCAAACUGUGAUAACAAUCAGAUCACUCUUAUGCUUUGGGCAAUGAGAGAUAUUGUGAAAAAAUACAGACCACACUCGCUGUCAGAUUCAAGUGCAUUUGUGGAAGAAAGGAUUGUUCUGUCAGACCUACCGUUAGUGUCUUUUGUGAGACUUGGUAAGUGUAACAUUUCCAAAUCAGAAACUCUGAAUAAGUUGUUCAGCAAAUCACAGCAAUACACUGAUACCUUUGUGCACUUCAACAUGGAUUGUGGAAACAUCAACAAGAAAAUAUCAGAUGGCUUGGUUGAGAUGGCCUGGUAUCUUCCUUGUGGAAACAAGAACAUUGAUGUCUUUCCUGAGCCAAUAGCGAUCGCAAACUUGAGAGGUGACAUCCAGAACUUUGAAACACAGUACACUUUUCUUUGUGAGGCUUCAACUGCUGUGUUUGUGUUCUUUGAAUCCCAACAUUUAGAUACACAGCUCAUUUCAGUGCCCAGUCAGAAAUCUACACCUGAGCUAUUUUUUGUGGGGGACUCCAACAACGAGAGCAUAAAAGCUACAGUGAAGAAGCGCAAUCUGAAGAAAAGCAAUUUCAUCUUUAAAGGCAAGCAGAAUGAUGCAGACUUUGUUGUCAAAAUUCAGAGCAAGUUACAAAAUGCAAUUAGGAGCAACAAUCACAAAAUGUCAGUUGUUCGUUUAGCUGAGAUAGCACGAAAUCUGGGAAUCUUGGUGGAUGAGGAUGCUGAAGAAUGUCAGCGCGCCAAAGCAAGCGCAGAUGAAAUCGCAUCAAAAAUAGAAGAUAUUGUGCAGUUCAAGAAGGAGGAGCUGCCCUUGCAAGGAGAGAUCUUGAUGAAGCUGGCUAAGUUGGAGAAGGAGGAAUACCGACUGAAAAAAGUUGGGGAUAAGGAUAUUAAUGACUACAGAAAAGACCUUCAGAUGCAAAAAAUGAACCUUAGAGAAGAGCAACGCAGAAAAGACAUGUCUGAUACUAUGAGCAUCUUUAUCAGUGCAAUAUCUACACCAGAAAGAGCCUACUUCUUAAAAUGGUUGAGAAUCACCCUAGAGAAUCGAUCACAUGAAGUACUGCCUCAACUCAGAGAACAGUACAAACAGAAAUGUCAAGAUGUUAGUGGAAACAAGCUGGAAAUUGCUGAGCUUGACAAAAAGAUUUCAAACAGUUCUUUAGGAGUGGAGCACUUCAUUCGAGAGAUGAGCCAGCUUUACGAGGCUGCGGUCUCACUGUCAGAAGAUGAACUUUACCGAAAACUGCUGGAACACUUACCUAAACUCUGUGCUGAACUACUAUUGGAUGGAUUUUCACUUGAACUACUGGAUGGAGAUUCUUCAAAUAUCCCUGUGAAAUGGCUUUCUAGUGUGUUUUCUGAAUUAAACACUCUGGUGAAGUCCAAAAACAAGAUUAUGGUUGUCACCGUUUUGGGGGUCCAGAGUUCAGGAAAGUCGACGCUGCUGAACACCAUGUUUGGAGUUCAGUUUGCAGUAAGCAGUGGAAGGUGUACCAGGGGAGCAUUUAUGCAGCUUAUUAAAGUAGCAGAUGAUUGCCCAGCAAAACUCAAUUGUGAUUAUAUAGUGAUAAUUGAUACUGAAGGACUGAAAUCCCCUGAGCUCGCACAACUGGACAACAGCCAUGAACAUGACAAUGAGUUGGCAACUCUUGUUGUUGGACUGAGUGAUGUAACAAUUGUCAACAUUGCCAUGGAGAAUUCAACAGAGAUGAAGGACAUUUUACAGAUCAUUGUUCACGCCUUCCUCAGGAUGAAGGAGAUAGGUAAGAAACACAAGUGUUUGUUUGUUCACCAGAAUGUUGCUGAUGUCUCGGCUCAUGAUUCAAACAUGAGAGACCGUAAAUUUCUGUUGGAACAACUGGAUGAAAUGACACAAGCUGCAGCCAAAAUGGAGAACAAACUGGAAUUCAGCAAAUUUACAGAUGUGAUGAACUAUGACACUGAUAAGGAUGACUUCUACAUCCCUGGAUUGUGGCAGGGAAACCCCCCAAUGGCACCAGUGAGUAUUGGCUACAGUGAGUCUGUGUAUGCUCUCAAAAAGCAUAUAAUGGAGAUAUUAAAAGAAUACGAGUCCUACGACAUCAGUGAGUUUCUUAAAUGGAUCAAAGACUUGUGGGAUGCUGUGAAAUAUGAGAAGUUCAUCUUUAGUUUCAGAAACAGCCUGGUGGCUGAUGCAUACAUGAAACUGUGCAGAGAGUACAACAGAUGGGACUGGACACUGAGAAAGCAAAUGCACACGUGGGUAUUAGAAGCUGAAACCAAGAUUUUAAACCAUGGAAAAUUUGAAAACUCUCAUGGGUGCACCAUUGAAGAUGUUCGUUGUCAUUUAUUGGAAGAAGCAGAAGCUGAGCUUUCAAAGGGACAAGAUGAAAUGAAUGACAAGAUCAAAUCAUACUAUGAACAAGGAGAAGGUCAUGUUGAACUAGUGGAAAAUUAUCGACAAGACUUUAUAAACUCUGCCAAGUCUUUGAAGACGGAACUUUCAAAUUCUAUCACAAACAAACUGGAUGCAGCUCUUUCACGUCGAAAUGGAAUGAUGAAGAUGGAAGGAAUCAAAAAGACAUACAUGGAUACGAUGGAGAAGAAAGUGCUAAACUUGCUGAAAGACUGUCGUGAGAACAAAUCAGACAUGUCAGAGUCCAUGCUGGAUGAAGCGUUUGACAAGAUGUGGCAGGAGACUAUCAGGACAUUGGGAUGCACAGGGCUCAAACCACAAAAUAUCAGGACAAGAGUUUUACAUUGUUUGAGGAAAAAUCUUAAUACUAGAGGAAGUUCAAUGGCUCAACACUUUGACAAAGUGAAGGAUUUAAACAGUGAUGGCUGCGAAAAAUUUAUUGCCUACAAAGACAAAACAGGUUUUUUUGACAGGUUGGGACAAAUGUUGAACAAAAGUCAUAUAAAGUUAGUUCAAGAGAUGUCAGACGACCUUAUCAGGGACUGUGAGGAAUUUGUUCACUUAAAGAGGAAAAGUAAGGAUGAUUAUGAUGACACAUACACCAGGGAAAUUCUUAACAUGAUUGAUGAGAGACUUCAGGCUCAUGGAAAUCUUGAGCUAAAGGAAGAUUUUGAGUUGUCCCUUAAACUGCACAUAUGCGGCUUUGCAAGCAGAAAUUUCCAAGACAUUCACAAUCAAUUCAUCAAGGAAAACAACCCGAUAACAGUCUUGGAGAACUUCAAACCAAGAUACCACUCAGACUUUAUUGACCUUUACUGUGAAUGAGACCAGUGUCAGAAGAAAGCUGAUGAAUUCACGACAAACUGCCUAAAACCUGCUUUAGAAAGAUAUAUGUCUGAGGUCAUGGGCAUGAAAAUGGCAGACAAGAUGGAGAAUGGUGAAAACUCAGCAAUUUUCGGAACAAGGAUAACAUUGCAGAUGUCAGUCUUGAAAUAUCUUCUUGAUAAAUCUGACUUUGAAACAUAUUUGCAUUUCAUUACGUCACAUGAAACAUUUGUUAAAGCCUUUAUUUUGGACAAAAUCAAAAAGCACUUUUCAGAAGAGAACAGAAUGAUCACCUUGGAGGAAGAAAUUCUCGAUGCAGUCAUGAAGGAAAUUCGACAGGAAAUUGAAAAGGCAGAGAAAGACCCAAAUAUAAAUGACAUCAAGGGAUUUAUCCAACACAUCUGCAAGAAACUUCAAAACAAGCUUGUUAUUCCCAAGGAUGCAGUGGACAAAAUCAGCACACUGAACAAUGCAAAUCCCCAAAAAUUUGCUGAAUGCCUUCAAUGUUCUGUGAAGGACAUGGAUAAAUCACUGAAAGCAAGUUUUCAAGAGAGAGAGAGAGAUUUUCAAAGCAAAAUAGAUUGUCUUCAAACCAAACCACAGGAUGUGCUGUUCAAACAACUGCAGGGCUGUGGGAAACAGUGUCCAUUCUGUACAGCACCAUGUGAGGCUAGAGGAGAAACUCACAGUAAACACUUUGUCUUAAUCCACAGACCAGAAGGUCUCGGCCGCUACAGAAAUGAUGAUUCUAAAAAACUAGUGACCGACAUCUGUACAUCACUAGUGUACAAAAACGGACGCUUCAAGUGCCGUGACACCAAUGAUCAGUGGCAUCCAUAUAAUAAAUUCAAAGAAAUCUAUCCAGACUGGCUAAUCGAUCGUGACCCCAGCAUAGAUGCCCCAGCAUACUGGAAAUAUGUGAUGACAGAAUUCAAUGAGCAGUUUGCAGAGGAGUACAAUGCAGAGCCUGCAGAAAUACCCUGGGAAAAUAUCACAAAGGCAGAUGCAGAAGAAAGCCUUUUUUAAUUAUGACAACAAAUGAAAAGACAAAUAGACAAAGCCUGUUUCAAUGUUAAUCAUAGCAUGUCCUGACUAAUGCAUGAGUGCAAUUAUACAAAAAAUGUCUUGCGCUUGCUCUAGCCAUGUAAUCACACAUACGGAACAAAAAUAUAUCGGAAAAUACACUGCAAAAUAUAAUGCGAUAUAUUACAUAAUACAUUUCCAUAUAUGAGAAACUAGUGCUUAUUUUUUUGAAUAUGCUGCAAUAUAUGCAAUGACCAUGUAUGGCGAUGUAAUGAUACAUAUAAAACAUUUAUAAAUGAAGACAAAAACAGCAUUACAUGUAAUAUUCUCAAACUUAUCCUGUAUUGUAUACAUAUAUUGCACAUACAUGUUCUCAUAUAAAUGUGAAUGUAUGUACACACAUUCACAGAAUGAGUUACAGCAGAUUUCUAGUUCCCAGCAUGCUUUGCUUCUGACUGUUAAAGGAGAGUAAAUGUUAAAAUUAAGUGUUAUUUCAUGUGUUUUGUUCAAUAUUAAUAUAGGAAUAUGUUAGUGUUUAAUGUUCUAUUAUUUUGGGAAUUUAAAAGGGUUUCUGGUAUGUGUGAUUUUUGAGGUUACCAUUGUGCUGAAGAGCAGAGCCUGUGGUUAGACUGACGAUUGGCCGAAUACCAUUAAGACUAUAAUUAUUUUAUUUAAAAAGUAAUGGCUGUGUGCUUUUUAGCACAGUGAUAGUCUGCCAUGUAAAAACUCCUUCAAACAUGUA